AUGGAAUUCGGUGAGCGUAUCGGAUAUCCUGUCAUACACGUUCCGACCAACGGAACUUUGAGCCCAAACAGAACCAGCCCCUAUGGAAUACAGCGUCGAGUGCCGCCCAAGGACAAGUAUGGGCAAAUAGCGGGAUACCGAAUCAGGCUAUCCUUCUGGCAUGUGGCAUAUUGGAAAAGUUCUCGGCCUGGGGACAUACCAUACGUCCGCACCCCAGUAAAGUUUAUCAGCACUAUCAACUUCUUUCCAUUGGAUAAAGCAACUGAAUCGGACUGUACGAUCAUUUGCGACGGCCCUGCCUUCGUCUUUCUGGAGCCCUCGUGUUGGUCUGAGUGGUCAAAGGUUGCAACAGCCCAACGCGACAUGCGCGCUCUCAAUCCAUCGAUCAUGGUAGAGUACAACGAAUUUCCAUUCGACGGUGCUCGGCCGUGUGCAAAGGUCGCCCCAGAUAUUGUGGAAACCAGACCGGUUACUGCUACUCUGUUUAACCCUCUUCCAUCAGUCACAACCACUGAGCUCAUAUACGAAGAUGUCGUGGUGACAGGACCGGGCCAGGGGUCAUAUGUUCCUUCGACCUACACUCUGAGUGAUAUUGACGGAAAGCCCACCACCACGGUGACUACGCCUGUUUGGGUGCCUGCUGAAACGGCGGUAUACACAACAACCGUCAUGACCUUGACAGACAGUAAUGGCAGGCCGACCGCCACAAUCACCGGACAUGGGAGGAGCUUAGCGAACCAACCAAGAACCCUCUUCGAUGACAAGGGGAAACCUACGGCCACAGUCAUUGUGAACGGCGGGCGAUGGGUAUGGCAGACAAGAACAAUGACAGGUGGGCAUGGGACUACACCGAUCGCAACGAUCACUGCUUUUGCGACUCUGAAGUUUGCCACUGUCACUGGGUAUGACGAUAAAGGAGUGUUAACGACUGUGACGGGCAAAUUUCCUCUUGUUCCCAAGACCAUCACUAUGCGUGAUUCUAACGGGGUUCCCACGGCAACGGUAACCACGCAGGUGCCCACAACAUACGACUGGGGGGUCACGAUUACAGAUUCCAACGGUCGACCUGUGGCCACAGUGUGGUCCAAAGAUGACGCCGGUAUCUUUCGCGCCUGGGACGAUGACAGCGACGGGAAUCCCGCCACCUUGGACACGGUUUCAUGGGGUGCUUAUCUUUUGGCAUCGUUCCUGCCCAUCAUCAUCACGUUACCGCUCACUAUCCUGGCGCAAAUCAUCGAUUCGCACGUCAAGGCGCUACUACCUUUGAAAGCCAUGUCACGCCGCUCCGAUGGGUCAUCGGCCGAGGACUCAUUGUUUCUUACAACAGGUGGCAUCAAGGGUUUCUUCACCAGUUGGCGUCUCUUGUUUCAUUCAAGAGAGCCAGGUUUGCUGCUCUCGCAGAUGUUGAUUCUUGUCUCCUCUGUUACCGCCUCGUUCGCAACAGAAGCUAUUGGCUUUAAGCUCCAUGGAGGUUGUACAAUCGACAGCUUUGCUGGCUGUUUUAUGGAGAUUGCUAUCUUCCGGGCGCCGGGUCGGCUUGUACAGGUCUUUUUGAGUUUAAGUCUAGCUGUGGUUGUCUUUUUGAUAUUCGCAAUGUGGAACUGGCACAGAAACUGCGGAUCGGAUAUGAGGAGUAUUGCUGGUGUUGCUGCGCUCCUUACGGAGCAGACAACACGAGAAACCAUCCACAAGGCCAAAGUCAACAUCACGGACAAGUACGUCGAAAGAGAGAAGAUGAUCAAGGAACUGAGGGACCAUAGAUUUGCCCUGCGUCAAGUUGCGCAGGCACCACUACUGCCGCCCAACCCGAGGCACUCCCCAACAGCAACGUCCACAUCCAGCGAGACAUCCCUGGGACUGUCCUCGUCACAGUCGUCGUCACAGAAAAAGUAUGGUCCGUAUUGCACAGUGAGGCACUUGUCGAAUCGGUCGAACACAAACAGGCCACACCUGGCCCUUGUUACACUGCCAAACGAAGGGCAGAAACAGCCCGGCGCGAGCAAGAAGACAAGCGAUAAGAAGCUGUUUUCUCUCAACCCAGUAGCACAAGACUACAUUGCCCAGGUGCUCUUUCUCCUCACCAUCAUCGGCUUUCUCAUCAUGAUCUUGUACUACGAGCUCACAAGCUUUCACGACUCGGCCUUUGAGAUCUUUAUGAACUCACAGAACCUCGGUGUGCGCGCCUUAUUUGCCGGUUUGGGUUUCAUCAUCUCGCUGUUUUGGGAUUCUUACUUCUUCAGUAAGUACCUCACCUACUCCUAUUCUUUAAAACCAGAUAGCUAA